AUGACAGACGACAGUGAAAUUGAGGGGCUUCGUAUGAGAAUCCCUCAGUAUUCGUACGGAGGAAGGGACGCCUUUCUGGGCAUUAUGGAACACGAAUUGUCCCUGCCCCUUCCCAAGAACGACGUCCUUCUCUUUACAAUCAGCGAUCAUCAAUUCCAACGUGACUUUCUCCACUCAGACGAAACGACCUUUUCACAAUCGUGGAAAGAGUACUCUUCCUCUUCUCAUUCACUACUCGUCAAAAUGCUCUCUGGACCACAUGAACAAGCACAUUUGACUUUCAUUCAAAUCAUCACUGAGACUGCCAACUCACUCGGUAUAUCUGAUGAGCUACUGUUCCAAGGCGGUAGGACUCAACAUCUCAAUACAACCUACAAACAGGCCGACAGUUCUAUUGUUCCCGUGGCCUUCGCAGCCCGAGGACACCCUACAGUCGCUAUUGAAGUUGCCCUGUCAGAAUCCAAUGCACAGCUUCACAGAGACGCCGAAAACUGGUUGCGAGGCUCCCAAGGGCAGGUCCAAUCAGUGAUCACGAUUCUCAUCAAACGGAAUACACGCGAUUUGGUGAUUCGGAGAUGGAUUAUGCAGAAGAACGCCCUGUUCGUGGCCCAGGAAGUCCUCGUCAACGUGCAACUCUUGAGAACCAGAUCUCAAGACUCUUUUACAGUCACCGGCGCUCCUUUCAUUAUUCCUUUCCACCACCUAUUUCUACGCCCACCGAGCUCCAAUACGAAUGAAGCGGAUUUCCAAUUCAACGUAGCAAAUCUCAUACGGCUAGCCCAGCGAACCUGGUCCAUCUAG